CUGGGAUUUGAACUUCAAAGCUCUCAAGACCACCGCCUCUGAUCUGGGCAGUCCCUCGUCCCCUAUGGCCAUGGGUCGGGUCUCGGGGCUCGUGCCCUCUCGCUUUUUGACGCUCCUGGCGCAUCUGGUGGUCGUCAUCACCUUAUUCUGGUCCCGGGACAGCAACAUCCAGGCUUGCCUGCCUCUCCGGUUCACUCCCGAGGAGUAUCAGAAACAGGACACCCAUGCCCUCCCAGCCGUCACUGAAAUGGCAUUACUCGUGGCUGUCUUUGGGCUGAAAAAGAAACCUUUCUGAUCAUCCUGAGGAGAAAGUAGGGAAGAAGCAGGAGGGGCUCAGGGUGUCCCAUGGUUCCUUGAAGAAGGAAGGCGAAGGCGCAGUCCCUUCCACCGUUGGAUAAUUAUCUCCCGAAUCUGGGAUUCUCAUUUUAUAUAGUGCUUUAUAAUAAAGUGUACUUUACAGUGAGAGCAAGACUGAUAACAAUUUUCGGAAGACAGUUGGGGUGGCCAAACUACUGGUGGAGGGAUGGGAUGCUUUUCCAGCCCGGCUGAUCAUAAAAUAACUAACACCGCUUCUAUUUUGAUUUUUACGGUAGCCGGCUGGCGGAAAUGGUGGGUGGGGAUAUGUAAAUAAGGUGGGUAGGGCUAGAUCGAGCAAAUGUGUGUGUAUGAGUGGAGCAUUCUGGGAGAGACAUGUUUUCGCGUUUUGGUAGCCAAAUUGGGGGAAAGUAUAUUUUUUAAAGACUUGCUAAAAGUGUUGCAAUAGAAUUAGAAAAACUCUAGACAGCCAAGUUGUUCAGACUAGUCUGGUACUUACUCACCCUAGCUUAUACCGGAACCGACUAGUGUAGCGUACGGAAUGGGCGAAAAGCUCAGUUAUCGUCAGGUAGGAUAAUCCUUACCUGUUCCUCCUUCGGGAGGGCAGAUUGAACAUGAUGAUUGGAGCUCGCAUGACUUGUGAUUAAGGUCUCCGUGCGGUCUGGGACUUACAACACCCCGGUUGCUCCUAUCUGAUUCU